AUGGCAAAAUCACGUGCAGCUGUUGGUCGUAUUCAUCAUCGAGCAGAUGAAGUUUUACGACAAGAAGUUAUUCCUCGCAUGUCAGAAGAUGAUGUAGUUCGGAGCAUCCGAUAUGAUCUCGCUAUUAUCAUUUGUGGCAACGAAUUGUGUCUUAGACACCGCAAAGAGUAUAGGCAUAAACUAAUUCGAGCUAACUUGCGGUUAUGUGGUCGAUUUUUAUUAUUCCUACAGAGAAAAGAUCCUAAAAUUACUGAUUUUGCAGCUAUUUAUAAUCCUGUGUACUAUCAUUUUAUUAUUAAAUCAAUUGAUGAGUUUGCUGGAAUUAACAGACGCACUGGUCAUUAUAAAACGGCUGGCAAUGCUACUGAAUUAACGAAGCAUAUUAAAGUAAUUGGAGAAUUACUCAAGGGAGAGUAUAUUAUGUCAAAGGAAGCAGAAAAAAAAUCCAACGUGGAUAAUUUUUUGACAUUGUGUAAUACUGGGUUUGGUAAUGUAAUAAAUAAAACUGCUAUGGAGACACUUGUAGCUCGACAACGCCAAAGAGUUGUUGAAUUACCGAUUUCGAAUGAUAUACUUAAAAUUUCUGAGUAUUUAGGUAAAGUGAUUGACGAACAUUACAAUGAAUUGAAAAAAGGAUUUUCGCAUUUAGCUUGGCGUAAGCUAUCAGAGGCAAUUUUGUCAAGAAUGCAGGUAUUCAACAGAAGGCGGGCUGGAGAGUCAGAACGAUUGGAGAUAACAGAUAUGAAAAGUAUAACAGCGAUAAAACCAGAUGACGAGGAUUAUGAUACUUUGACGGCCGAAGAAAAAAAUUCAGCUAAUGAGUACAUGAGAGUAGUAAUUCGGGGAAAACUCAACUCAAAUGUGCCGAUUGUAUUGAAAAAGCAUUGGUAUAGUGCCAUUAAACUGAUCGUCAAGUACCGUGAACAAGCAGGGGUAAGUCCAGAGAAUCCAUAUGUUUUUGGAAUUAAAGGACGCUCCGAUCAGUCAUUUUUAGUGGCUACGAAGUUAUUGAAUAUGUUUUCAAAAGAAUGUGGAGCAGCUAAACCAGCCUUAUUACGAGGAACUCCUCUUCGGAAACACGCAGCGACAAAAUGUGCACAGCUUGGAUUAGAUGAUGCUAAAACAGCUCAUUUUGCAAAGUUCAUGGGACACAACAUUAAUAUUCAUAAAGAUAUUUAUCAACAACCCGUACUCAAAAAAGACAUCCUCGGAAUCUCUAAAGUGUUAGAAAGAGCUCAAAAGCCCAGUUCUACUGUUACUAGUGGUGCUUUAGAAAAUGAUGCGAGCUUGAAUAACCAGGAUUCAUCUCUUGAUAAAAAUAACAGAACUUUUGAAAGCCUCCCUGAAACAGAAAAUGAACCUGAAGAAACUAACAGUGCUUCGAUGGAAAUUUCGCCGUCUGAUGACGACGAAAAUUCGACUAGUCAGCCAAGAUCAAGCUUUGGCGAUCAAAAUUAUGGCUACAAUCAUGAUACUAAGAAAUCUCCAGUGGUUUCCAGAGUACCAUGGACUAAUGAAGAAAUAAAAAAUCUAAAACAUUGCCGCCUCUUGCAACGAUUCGUAAUAUACAAAGUCAACAUGGUAUUCUGA